AUGUCAGAGAAGAAGCCACGAGCCUCAGACACACGUCCCAAAUGUGGCCUCCGCAGUUGGAGUGCAGACAGUUACAUUUGGAGGGGGAAGAAACGCUCCCGGAGCUCUCGCAAUGUGUCGAGUCCUGGGGGACUAGAGGCAGAGGGGACAGAGGAUCUGGGUGUGCGGUCAACAUCCUGUCCGAGGCGGCGCAGGGAGAGAAAGUGUAGCUGUAGCACCCUUGGGGAUGCAUUGACAUCUGCGGAUAUUGAUGUAGUGUGUCGGAAGGCCUUGUCCCGGCGCUCUCUGAGGCAGAAGUUUCAGGAUGCUGUGGGCCAGUGUUUUCCUCUGCGCUCCCAUCAUCAUCACCAUCAUCAUCACCAUCCACCGGGCUCCUCACGACCCUUUUCAGUGCUCUUCUGGUCCAAACGCAAGAUCCAUGUCUCAGAGCUCAUGCAGGACAAGUGCCCCUUCUCACCCAAAUCUGAACUGGCCCGAUGUUGGCACCUUAUAAAGAAUAAUGCCACCCACCCAAGUGCCCUCAAGGACAUGGAGACUCCCCUCAGGCCUAAUGUGUCAUCUUCCUCAACCUCCCCACCACAGACACCCAUCUCUUGGGAGGAUAUCUGCUGCUCCCCUGGCCCUGGCACCACCACUCUGGAAGACUGGGACCCUUCUUGUCCACAUGGGGGAGCAGAGGGCAGCUGCAGCAACACUGACUACAUCCUGGUCCCAGAUCUCCUCCAGAUCAACAACAGCCCCUGCUACUGGGGUGUGUUGAACCGCUUUGAGGCAGAGGAGCUACUGGAGGGCCAGCCAGAGGGAACAUUUCUGCUCCGCGACUCUGCCCAGGAUGAGUUCCUCUUCUCGGUCAGCUUUCGUCGCUACAGCCGUUCCCUGCAUGCUCGCAUUGAGCAGAACGGCAAGCGUUUCAGCUUUGAUGUGCGCGACCCAUGUAUGUACCGGGACCCCAGUGUGACAGGACUACUGAGACACUACAGUGAUCCAGCCACCUGCCUCUUCUUUGAGCCCCUCCUCUCUCGGCCACUACUAAGGACCUUCCCUUUCUCCCUCCAGCACUUGUGCAGGGCUGUGAUAUGUAGCAGCACUACCUACCAGGGAAUAAACAGCCUGCCACUGCCACCUCAGCUCAGGGACUACCUUCGACAGUAUCACAUCAAAUGUGAAGGGGCCUGUGCUGUGUGAUGGAUAAAACAUAGAAGGCAAGGAUAGGACAAGCAAAGGCAGGUUCUUCUGGCAUAGAUGCAGGAAUUGAAUCACAAGUAGCUUUGCUGUUGCAAACCUCUGAGGUCUAAAAAGAUGCAGAACUGGAGAGGUUUUUGAGACCUUACUGCAUCACGAGAUAGAACAAGGUCUAAAUCCAUAUACUGCAGGAACACAUGGACAUAAUGCCUCAUCAUCCUUCAGUACAAAGUGAUGGCCUGCACCUUGGAUAUAGGUUUUCUGCUUACAGCUAUCUGGACAGUUACUGCAGCCAGGGUUAAUCUGUGAGCUGUGAUACACUGAGACACCUGGAAAAUAAGAAAGCACACUGGAAU